AUGGCUGAAUGGAGCAUCGGGGUACCCUCACCAAGUCCACUAGGCCCAUCGUGCUCUGGAGUCUUCAUUGGUCCCAAUGAACAGGAAGCACUCUACUAUUUCGAGACGAUAUUUGCAAGAUGGGCGCCCAAGACUUUCAUUUGGUCCGCAUGUGCCGUUCUGUUGAGCAAAGCCACCAACGACGCUGUCUUGAUCCAUCUCCUCUUUGCUGGAUGCAUGCGUGAGCUUGUGUACAGGGGCAAGAAUCAAUCGCUGAGUCACUUGGCGGACUUCCACUUCAGAGAAGGGUCACGGCUGCUGAUCGAUCGUUUGCGGUCUCCUGAUAUCGAUCACGCACACUCACUGAUGGCGUUCUGGCUUCUGCAACUCUACUACCGAGCCCAUUGGGAUGAAAAGGGUCUGGUAUCAAUGCAAAGACUGAGCGCUUCCAUGGCUACUUAUGCGAAACAGCAUCAGCUAUUGAGAAAACUUCGGGAAUCAUGCAAUCAUGAGGGCGAAACCAAUCCUUCACCACACUCGAUACCAUUGACUGACCGAGCCGUCAUGUGCCAGUUCCUCAUCUUUGUCGUUUACGAAGACGUUUCUCCGGAUGCUGGAGUCGGAGCAGGCAACCUUUCCAAGCUGGUCUUAUCAGACGAAAACUCAAUGCGAGCAGUUUUCGCCCACUCCAGAAAUGGUUCAGCGGCCUUUUUCCGAGACAGAUACCCUCCGGAAGAGCUUUUAGACGACAUUGAGCGCUCAAAGCCGCUUGAACUAAUCAUGCGCAGUAACAUUCUACUUUAUAAAGCAAAUGAGGCCGUCAAAGACAUUUUAAAUGGCGUCGAGCUUCUUCAAAACUUGCUACCUCAGAUUCAUGCGCUAAAGAUUGAGUACUCGGGACUGUUCCUGCUGGCGGAUACUCUCUGUGGGAAGAACCCAAAAAUGCUGAUCACGACUCUUCAAGCAAUGGCAAUUUACUAUGCGCUGUGGGUUCAUGUGUUGGAUUCUAUUGCAUGUUUAUCGACAUCUUACUCCAGGGCCCAAGAGUUCGACGAGGCUCAGGGGGGCCUGCGACGCUGGAUAUUCCAAUUAUUCAAUUUCGAUUCCAAUGUCUUCCGCUGGAGAUGGCGGUGGCCGGCAAAUGUUGCGCUUGCUACGACGACCGACGAGAUCCACCGCGACUGGCUGCUGCAAAAAAGAGACAAAGAUAUCUAG